GAUAAAUAGUUAUAAUUUCUAUUCAAGGAUUACUAUAAAAUUUUGGAAGUUGAUUAUGAUGCUUGCACUGGUCAGGCGUCUCUCUCUCUCUUGUUUUUCUUUUAACUCUUUGUGUUUCUUACCAUUGCUUCAUGGAUAGCCUUUCACAUUUUUGUUUAACUUAACAGUUGCUUUAUUUAAAUAUAAUCGAGUUGACUGGAGAAUGUAUGAUGUUGUUAAAGACCUGUCAUCCAGGUCAGCACAAGGGUGAUAGUGCUGUUACUUCAAAGUUCGAAGAGAUAAACGAAGCUUACAAAGUAUUAAUCAAUCCUGAUAAACGCUUAAAGUAUGAUUUAACUGGAAAAUAUGAGAUUGAUGAGUAUAUUUUAUGGGAAUGUCUUGCCAGGUUUAAAGGAAUGAUUGUUACUUGCAACGAGCUUGGUAUUAGUCAUACACCAAUAUGCUAGUUCUUUUGAUUCUCUUAAACUUUUUUUCCUUUGGGGGGGGAGGAGGGGGAUUUUUCACGUUAUUGUAGCAACUCAUUUAGUAAAAAUUCAAUGUAAAAGUUAAUAUAUUAAUCUAUAGCAUGUCAAGGUUUGUCAGUUGGUAGUAGCUAUAAGUCUAUGACAGUGAG